UCGUCCACAGAGCUAAUAAUCAUGGCACGAACAAAGCAAACUGCACGUAAAUCCACCGGAGGUAAAGCUCCAAGAAAACAACUUGCCACCAAGGCCGCCCGUAAGAGCGCACCUGCAACCGGUGGAGUCAAGAAACCACAUAGAUACAGGCCAGGAACAGUCGCUCUCCGAGAAAUCAGGAGAUACCAGAAGAGCACAGAGCUCCUCAUCAGGAAACUCCCCUUCCAGAGAUUAGUCCGUGAAAUCGCCCAGGACUUCAAAACUGAUCUCCGAUUCCAGAGUUCAGCCGUCAUGGCCCUACAGGAAGCCAGCGAAGCCUACUUGGUCGGUCUCUUCGAGGAUACCAACUUGUGCGCAAUCCACGCCAAGAGAGUAACCAUCAUGCCAAAGGAUAUCCAAUUGGCCCGAAGAAUCCGUGGAGAACGUGCUUAA